AAGUCCCCUCCAUCCAUAGUGUACUCGUCCAAUAUGGAGGACGGGCUGACAACAGAUCUUGCUUGGCAACCUGUGGCGUCCUAGAUUUGCAUUUUAUCAAAGACGAAGAAACCACACGCCGCUUAACAAAAAUUUAUAUGAGGUGCACCAUGUGACCAGUGAGCAAUGACCAGUCGACAGAGAGGGGGUCAUGGGGCAGGAAGGGGCAUGGCCAGGAUGCCUGCUGCCAAAACCAGACCCCGUCCAUUCUACUCACCUGCCAGUGAGAAGGAAACCAGCAGUCAGAUCCUGAAGGAGGCGCGGGCCUCUGUAACACCUGUAGGAUCAAACAGAGUAGCAGGAGCGAGGAAACCUCCAGUGGGGCAAAGAAAACCUACUACUAACGUUACUACAAAGAAAGGUGGCCUUUUUGGUGAUGCCCUUACAAUCCAACCUCUAGGCCAAACAAGAACCCACAGAGACCUGAACAAACUGCCAGUGUUGGGAAACAAUGUGACAACUUCAUCAAAAGAUGCUAGACAGAUAUCAAGCCAUGCAGGCCCACCAAGGAACAGUGCCAAAACUAAGAAUGAGAGCCGAGUGCUGUCCAGCCAUGCUGGCACCAGGGCUCAGGACAGUCAGGAGAUGGACGAUAAGAGGAGGUCCGAGCUGAAGACCCUGCUACAGAAACACAUUGAGAAGCUGUCAGCAAUGUACCGUACUGAGGAGAUGCAGAGCUUUGGACGCAGGAUGAGGUUUAAAGGAGUCACAACACUCAAACCAUCAUUGUCCAGUCAGAUCCAGCAGGUGUUCCAGGGCAGACAUGACGUGGAGAUCCCCCCCACAGCCAGGAUAGUCAGGGUCUUUCUCAGCUCCACUUUCACAGACACUGCAGAUGAGCGGAAUGCCCUGAUGCAGCACGCUGUGCCUCGUUUGAAGGUCUUCUGUCAGGAGAAGGGGUAUGAGCUGCAACUUGUGGACAUGAGAUGGGGCAUACGUUCAGAGGCAGCUAACGACCACUCCACGUUGGACUUGUGUCUGAAGGAAAUCCACAACUGCCAAAAAGUCUCCACUGGUCCCACUUUUGUGACCCUCCUGUCCCACAAGUACGGCUACCAGCCCCUCCAGCCUAAGGUAGAGUCAGCAGAGUUCAACACACUCCUGGCAGGGGUCAACAGAAAGGAGGAUCAACAGCUUCUCUUGAAAUGGUACCAGGAGGAUGAGAAUGCUAUCCCUGCCACCUACAUUCUUCAGCCAAUCACAGCCCUCCUUUCAGACUACAACCACCCGACCAAUGAGCAGCUGCGUAGUAAAGCAGAGACGACCUGGUGGGAAACAUCCACCACUCUCCACACAAUACUGAUGGAAGCUGCCCUGAAAACCUUGCAGUCUGCCUCGGCUGCGCACAGAUAUGUUUGCUCAAUUACAGAGUUGGAGGUAGAGGAGGGCCUCCUGAAGUCAACGACCCCAAACCAGCAGUGCCUGUGGUUCAGGAGGACCAUCUCUGGGUUAGAUGCAGACAGCACCAAGAAGGACCAAUCCAACAUGGCUGCAAAGUUCAUUGACCUUGAUGAAUCAGGUGCAAUCAACACUGAAGCCCAGGCCCUGCUGCAGCUGUUAGUAGAGAAGAGGAUUCCGAGCAAGCUGUCGAGAGACAACAUCCACAACUAUCAGACAGCCUGGGGAAAGAAUGGAUUUGAAACAAAAGAGAAAGAAGAAUAUGUACAGCAGUUCUGCAGUGACUUUGAGGCCAGUAUAAAGAAGAUGGUGGAGGAUGCCAUUUCCAAACACGCCCAGUCAGAGGUCAAUAACCUGCUGUUUGAGGAAGUAUCCCAGCAUGCCCUGUUCAGCCAAAGCAGGAGUAAGGUGUUCUAUGGAAGACAAGACACGAUCAAGGACAUAGAGUCCUACCUCAACAGUGCAGUCAGUCAGCCUCUGGUGAUCCAUGGUGAGUCUGGCUGUGGGAAGACAUCUGUCAUGGCAGUGGCUGCACACACAGCCAGCCAGAUGGAGGGAGGGAGGGCGGUACUGCUGAGGUUUCUGGGUACCACGCCUGACAGUACCACCAUCCACAGACUGUUACUGAGUCUCUGUCAGCAGAUCAACAUGAUAUACAAGGAUCACAGUCGUGUUCCAGAGACCCUGCAGGAACUAAGAGAAGCCUUCUCAGCAUACCUGUCUAAAGCUACUGCUGAGCAGCCAUUGGUUGUCAUUUUAGAUUCUCUGGAUCAGCUGGACCCACAAGAUGGUGCCAGACAGCUGGGGUGGCUCCCCAAAUCCCUCCCUCCUCAUGUCAAGAUGAUCCUGUCCACCCUUCCUGAUCAGAAAUAUGGAUGUUUCCAACAGUUACAGGCAACUAUCAAGGAUGCAGGGCUGUUCCUGCAGAUCCCUGCCCUGCAGGAGGAUGCUGUAACCCACAUCCUGGGCGGCUGGCUGCAGGCGGCUCACAGGAAACUCACACCUGAGCAGACUCACCUGGUGGUGCAGGCCUUCCACACCUGCCCACUGCCACUCUUCCUCAAACUAGCUUUUGAUGAGGCUUGCAGGUGGCAUUCUUUUUCCAAGCCUGAGGAGACUCGACUGCAGACCACAGUGGUGUCAUGUAUCCAUGCCUUAUUUGAAAGGGUGGAGAAGGAUCAUGGGAAACUACUGGUUCAGCAUGCCUUGGGUUACAUAACUGCUGCUAAGUCUGGGCUGACAGAGUCUGAGCUGGAAGACGUCCUGUCCUGUGAUGAUGAGGUGCUGAAUGAUGUGUUUGAGUGGUGGGUACCGCCUGUACGCCGCCUCCCGGCCAUGCUGUGGGUCAGGAUCAAGACUGAGCUGGCUCCGUACCUGGUCGAGAGAGGUGCAGACGGUGCCAGUGUGAUCUUCUGGUACCACAGACAGUUCAUAGAGACUGCCAAGCAGAGGUUCCUGUCAUCUGAGGAACAGAGCAGGAAACUACACAGCAACCUGGCGGAUUACUUCCUGGGGUCAUGGGGUGGAGGGAAGAAGAAGCCAUUCACCAAUAGGAAGGGUAAGAGUGGUUCAGCAGGCAGACAUGUGGCACCCCAGCCCCUACUGUAUGGCACCAACAAGUACAACCUGAGGAAACUCUCAGAACUACCUCAUCAUCUCAUAAACAGUGGGAAUAGCCAGGUACUGAAGAAAGAGGUUUUAUGUAACCUGCAGUGGUUGGAUACAAAGUUGAAGGGAACAUCUUUGAGACUGGUUCUGGAUGAUUUCAAUGCUGCAUGUCGGUCUGUGCUGACCCCUGACCUGCAGACAGACAUGGAUGUACAGUACGUACGUGAGACCCUGCAGCUGUCACAGGAAGGGCUGAGGUUCCACCCCAACCAGCUGCCAGGCCAGCUCAUCGCUCACAUCAAAACUCACCAGGACACCUGUGGGAUCCUGUCCCAGGCUAGAGCCCCACCCACCGGCUCCUGCCUGCUGCCUUCCAAGUCCUUCCUGACGCCCCCUGGUGGCCCGCUCGUGCACAGCAUGGUGGGCCACACCCUGCAGGUCAUGGCUGUGGCCAUGACUCAGGACUCCAAGUAUGCUGUCACAGGUUCUCUGGACAAUUCCCUGAAGGUUUGGGAUGUGACAGAUGGCUACAUGUUGCGCAGCAUUGAUGAUGUACCAUGGCACAUUGAGGCAAUGAUUCAGCUCUUCAACAACGACCAGUACAUUGUGACAUCUUCAGUUGAUGGAAUUAGAGUGUUGAGGUUUGAGACAGGAGAACAGGUGUACUUCUUUGAGAAACCACAGGAAGAGGAAAAUGACAACUAUUAUAUCUUUGGUCAUGGCUGCAUCCUCAUCGCUAUAGGGUCCACAGUCAGGGUGUUUGACCUGACCACAGGUGCAGAACUUGAGCAGGAUGAGAUGGGUGACCAGGUUGCCAGAGCUCUAGUCAGCCCUACCCAGCCCCUUUUCUGCACCCACUCUGCCAUACACAACAUGAAGCACCUCCUGCACCCCCUCAUGGAGAGUAAACGGUGUAGCCCCGACCUCCAGAAGCUUCUGGAGAACCUCCGAGACAUCCGCAGACUGAUCGAGGACAAGUCUCUCUUUGGAAUCACCUGCAAGGCCCACUUCUUUGAAAUUGCAUCCGAUGGCACAGUAAAGCUGUAUGACAUCAACACUGGCAAAGAAACAACAGUCCCUGCCCUUCAGAAAUGGAACCAGAACAAAGUGGAGAAUGUCCACCGUGCCUACUUCUCACCAAACGGUCGCUUCCUCAUCCUCACCUUCAUCAACUUAACAAUGAUGCUGGACCUAGAGGCUGGGGAAUAUCGGGAGGUGGGCAACAAGCAGACUCUUCGAAGGAUGGCUACAGCUCACGGUACCAUGUUGGUGUCUAGCGGAUAUGAAGACUUCAACAUCAGCAUUUGGGACCUUUCAAGGCCCUCACUAGUUUUAGAAGAACCAGGUACUGAAAUACUAACAAUAGUUCCAAAGAACGUCAAUGACAAAUUUCUUCUGACGUUUGAGCCAGACGAGCCAGAGAAAGGGGAAUCGGUGGUAGCUAAGAUCAUCGACGCUGAAACAGAGGAAGAACAGGAUUCUCAUUCGUGCAGUAACCUUCAGCUGGAGAAAACAGACGUCAAAGCAGUCCAUGUUCUCUCGGACAACCGCCUGGUCAUCCGAGCAGGAGAGAGGAAGAGGUUUGGGGUGGUGGACAUGAACACCUGGGAGGUGGUGACUCCGCUGCAGAGCAACCACGCCUCGUGUGAGCGACACUACGCGGUGGUGAAUAACGAAACGGAGCUGAUAUGUCAGGGCUUCAUGGAGAAGGAUCUUGACAUAUGUCGCCUGGAUUCAGGUGAGGUCGUUGACAAAAUCGUCCCAGGGCUGGAGCAACGCUGUUACCAGAUGAAGACAGAUAAAGAGGGCAGGGUGGCACUUCUGCAGUUCCUACAUCCUAAAGGAAUGCUGCUACAGAUCUGGGAUGUUGUGAGUAGAACCCUCCUGAUGACAGUUGAACCAGAGGGAGCUGAUGCCAUCACCUUCAGGUUUGGUCUGUCCCAUGCCGGCACACACCUGGCCUUGGGGAACUCCUGUAACAUCAGCUGUGGGGACACCACUUUUAUCAACGAGGGGCCGUGUGUGCUGGAAAUCCAGACAGGAAAAGUUGUGCAUUUCUUCCCUGAGGGCCACAUUUUCCUGGAGUUCAUCUCAGACAGCAGAGUGGUCUCCACGGACGCAGGACAGUGGCAUGUCUGGGAUGUCACUACUGGAAGCCAGCAGAGUGUGAUGUCUAUCCCUGUACACCCCAUGAUUGCGGAUGGCCUGAUCCUGAGUACGGUAGGAGACCGUGUUCUGGUGUCAACUGGAGAUAAGAAGACCAUUGCUGUGUAUGACAUGUCUUCAGGCACACAGCUGGGCAGCUUCACCUUUGAGAUUAUGCUGAAAGAAUGUGUUCUUCUCGGAGGUGGUGACUUGGUGGCUGCUCGCUUUGACAGGAGAAUGAUCGUCUUAAAGCUGCACAACAAUGUCAAGUAGAUGACACACAUGAAGCAAUUAUGUUUCAUAUCUUGCAAUACUUCUUGAUGAUGAUGGUGAUGAAUACCUCUUGUUUGUGGAACCUGUUGCCACAAGCAUUUUAAAAUUUCUAAGAUCCAUAAAUUUAGGUAAGACUCAGGGUUGUAGCCAGCAUCCGUCCUUCCGGCCUUUGAUGGAAUUUGUAGCUGGGGACGGAAAAAAAAUUUGCCCAUUUCGUCCUCUGUGAGCCAAAUUUAACCCUUAAAAUGCAGGAAAUAGCGUUUCAGAGGGACCAGAUUUCAAACUUUUCUAGUAGGAAAACGCUGCGGCAAAGCCAUUCAAAUUUGAGGGGACGGAAAAUGAUUUCUGUCUGUCUACAACCCUGGUAAGACUUCUCGAACAUUGUCAGCAACUCAAGAAUAAAUCUAUGACUCAGGACCUUAAAGUUUCAGGGAUAAGUACUCUUUAUAGUUGGUGUUCAAUGUGAAGUACUUAAUAUAUGCUAGCAUUGUAUAAAACACAGAACUCUACAGUUGAGUAUUCAACUAGUAUCUCUAGCAUCUUCUGUGUGUUAGUGCAAUGGUUUUGUAAAUAUGUAGCAAUCUAUCUAUCUGCUAAUCUUGCAAUGUAAUGUACAUUUUUUUGUAUGUUCAAUUUGGCAAUUAGUACGGGAUUUACACAUUGUACUAUGUCUUGGAAUUUAUUGCAAGGUUAUUGAUUGUAUAUAAUGAUGAGAGUUUCAGAACUAAAUUCAUGAACUUACUUGCACAGGAGACUAAAUGCCCAAGUAAUGGUCAAUCAGAUUGGUUCUGAAAAUAAGUCUUAUGUCCUUUGUACUGACUACCAGGAUAUCAUAUGCAUGUACAAUCAUGUAUUUCUAGUCUGCAGUGAUGUUCCAUAUGCAUGCAGUAAAAAAAUGAACUUGAUGCAAAAGUGAGGUAUUUUUCAUUAUAGAUCUACAAAAUUAAUGUAAACCCUUCUCUAACUUUAAAAGUAAGCUCUUAUCAAUAGUUGAAAUAUUAUAUUGAUCAAAUUAUUUUUCUGUAUGUUGUCUUUUAUGUGAGCAGAUUGUAUAUAUUCAGAUCACAGAGAUGUUAUAUAUUGCAUUGCAAUGAUUAAUUGAACAUAUUGAAAUCAGGCACAUUUUGGCAAUAUUAAGAUGAUUCUAGAUCUAGCUUUAACAUGUAUCAUGAAAGAUAUAUAUACUGGUGGUGUUUUGGGUCCCCAUGUAGUUUUCUGUAGGACUUUUGUGGGGUUUUCUUGGAGGUUUUCAUUUGAAUUUCAUACCAUUAGGCACAAUGUUCAUAUAUUGGUGUUAUAAAGCAAUGGCAGGUACAAUUUCCAAGUCGCAUUCCUUGUUCAGGAAUUUCUGAUGAAAGUGCAGAGAUGAAAGUAAAAACCUCAAUAAAUCAGUCUCUUACAAUGUCA